AAGGAAGGGACGGUGCACGACUAGGACCUAGGAAAAAGUGGCUCACCGUUGGCGUUCGCUCAUUCGCGUUUCAUCCCUUGACGAGGCAGUUAGUGUGUUGUACACGGUUCCCGAACGCGCGUCAUGGCCAAAGCGGCCUCCCAGGGUGGUCCAACUUGCCCCCUUAUCAUCAUCAUCACCAGCAACAGCAGAAGCAGCAACAACAACAAUAAAAACUACCAACUGCAACAGCAACAAUAGCAACAGCUACCAGAACGGAGCCGAGUUGUGAGGAGAGUUAGAACAACAGGACGGUUCAACCGUAGCGGGUGUUCGACUAAUCCUUGUUCCGACCGUUGAUUAGGCCAGUUCUUAAGUGAUUCUGAAUCUUGAGUCCUUCUUGCUCGAUGGAUAUGAAGCAAAUGAGUUAACCGAACAAGUGUUUGAAUUUCUGGAUACCAAAAAGUCGAAAAACAGUUCGCUGAUUUCUAACGAAAACGGAUUAAACUGAAGAAGAUUCAAGUGUGUGCAAACCAUACCCACUAGGAAUGAAAUUCUAACUUACAGGAUAUUUCCUUAUAUCCACACAUUCGCAUACAGCGGCAUACGUGAAGCGAUCCCCUCGGAGGGAACGAGAGAUACCAAGAGUCUUUUUUUAUACACUAAUAAGUCCAGUGUUCGGUUCUGUCUGUCGGAAGCAUCCGUUCCAAACGAAGAAGAUUUACAAAGCACAGCAUAAGAAGAGCUUACAAGCGUAAAACGGCAAGAGUCGCGAAAGAGGUGAAAUCAAGUGAAAACUGUGUGCGUGUGUGCUUCGGUGAAGAGAUAGUGAAAUCGGUGGGUAAAACACACAAGUGCUUCUCGGAAUCGAUCCGGAUACGUCCGUGUCGUGUCGCCUCUAGUAGUCGGCGGAGUCGGAAAAUCACUGAACCUCUCGGCGCGUUCGCGACCCGUAUUUCCCCCGCAUUUCACGGCUCUCGGUUCUCCGGUUCUCGCAAAGGUGAAAAAGCAAACAGCGACAGGAUAACAACUUCCACAAUCGAUAUCGGAAAAGGACAGUGCGCGCUGUGGAUUCAUAACGGAUGUGCUAAAAAUAGACUGACAAAGCGGAGUGUACGAUUGCAUACCAGGCGUUGUGGUGAGAGUGUGUCGAACAGCCGCCAAGCGGAAACGGACAAUCGUAGGAAAGUGUAAUAAGUAAAAAAAAACAUCCAAGCAGGCCGACCGCAACGCGGCUAGGCAGGUGAAAAUUUUUCCGAACAAAGACGGCGGUGAAAAUAUCAAACAGGCAAGAAUCGAAGUUGGCUUUGAACCUGUUGAUUAUUAACUUGUUACGUGUGCGUGAGUGCGGUUCGCCUGUUUCGCCGCUUGGAAGCGCACACGCAAGUUCACCCGUGUACGUGUGACUACCUGUCACUGCUCCCCGCCACUCGUUCUCUUCAUCACGCUCCACAUUCCUCCGUGUCUUUCGCUCUCCCCACCCUCUUUUAUCACCCUCAAACCCCAAAAAAAAAGUCCACAACUCCACACCAGUUGUGACCGACUCGUUAACCACUGUACAUAGUCCUUCCGGAACCACAAACUCCUAAACCAUGUUCCGUCGCCAAAUCCUGCCGAUCCUGGCGUAUAUGAGUGUGCUCUCCAGCACCUACUCUCUACACAUGGCCCGCGACGCUUACAUAAAAGCACCGCCUCCUCCUCCGGCCGCAGCAGCCCAGCUCCUCGAAGAACUGGACGACAUGUCCGAGCUGUUAGCGGAAAACAGUAUCCCCGCGGGGCCACCGCCUCCCAUCCUGGUGCUUCCGCACAUGAAACAGUCCUCGUUAUCCUCCGUGCCCUCCCACCACCAGCAGCACCAACACCAUCACCAACAACAGGUGCUGCUCCCGGCGCCCCAGCAAUCCACCCUAGAAAGGUCGCCCCACGGCGUCGGGGUCGUAAUCAAUCACCUAACCAGUAACGAACUGCCCGAACUGAGUCCACCGGUGCCGGUGCGCCAUCCGGUCGGACCCCUAGUUCAACCCCGCGGCCUACAGGAACUGUUCGGGGUUCAAAACAACUACGACCUGCGCAACACCCGGCAACCGGCACCGAACCCCAACAACGGCGACGUCAACAGCAACAACGAUCUGAACAACAGCGACGAAGAUCAGCAGCAGCAGCGAAACCCGAACAACAACAAACGAUCAUCGCAUAGUAAUAGCAAUGGCGGUGGAGGAGGAGCUGGACGAGGAGGAAGUUCUAUGGAGGCCACCGGGGGUGGUGGAGGAGGAUCUAUGGACAGUAGUAACAGCGGUAGUGGCGGAAGCAGUAGUGACGGAAGCGGUAAUAUGCCGACAAUUCCGCAUGAUAUGGCUAGCCAGCUGAUGUUGCGCAGUGCACGAGGUCAGCGGCAGUACGAUGUCCCGCAGAUCGAAUGUCCGCCCGCGAUGGACGGCAUGGAGCGGUUUGCCUGUCCGACGCCCGACCGGCAAGGCCGGUAUCGGUGUAUAGACGACCACGUGCUCUGCGACGGGUUCAUCGACUGUCCGGAGGGCGAGGACGAGGACCGGCAGGCGUGCAUGUUCUACAAAACGACGAAAGCCCAUCUGGACGUGCUAGCCGACGCUUUACUCAGAUGGGCAAGAGGACGUUAAGAUGGCGUCGACCGGAGAGCGUACCAGCACAGACAAGCGAUCGAACAGACGACACACUCACACCUACCGACAAGAUACCAAAACCAAUACCAAAGCAGUGACAACCGUUAAUUAUAGAGAAAAAAAAAACAAAACCAAAGGAAGUGAUCUAUUUUUAAGAUGGAACCGCGGACGCAUCCUGAAGUCUCUGUUGCAGAGCAAUGACGACGACGACGACGACGAUCAGAACGACAACAACGGCUGUAAAUAGGACCAGCGACCGAGACGAAGCGACAACUCACCACAAAUUCUACUGAUUAAACACUGAAAACAAAAAAAAAUCCAAAGAAGGUAUAUAUAUAUAUACAUAGAUAUAUAUUUGUUAAGGACAGCACUCUUCAAGCAGGCAGCUGAUGCAGACUGUUACGUGUGUACGAUGUUGUAUAGAGGAAGUGGAGACGUGUAUAGGCAGACUCAGAGUGGGAGAGUGCGUAACACUGAUUAGUAACAGAUCGUCGGCCCGAUAAAGCUGACCGUUAAACGAUAACCCCCGGGGCGACGAUGAUGAAACUGAGAAAAUAAGAAACAAAAAACGAACGGCGCAAAAAGUGUAAAACACUUGAACAAAACCAAACACUGUAAGUACAUCAAAACAAUGGUAGAUAUGCAUGAGUGCGUGUAUAAAACAAAACACAUACCGAGCAGCAGCAAACAAUUCUCAAAGCAGUACCAGCAUAAAGUGCAAUUCCGUGAUAUUGGUUGAGAUUCUGUUUUUCGUUAGUUUUAGAAUAUAAAAAAAACUCGACAUUAUUAUCAGUCACAAGGAUACCUACACUCUGGAAGAAACAAGGCUAAUAAGUAGCACUACUCGCCAGGCGAAGAAACACGAAACGAUCAAAAACGAUAUUUCCAAUAACUGUGAAGUUGAAAAAGCCCCUCAUACCUAGCUCAGAUCAAAAUUCAGAAUUUAUUUGCAAGAUUUUCCGAAUUUGUGAAAAGGAGUUUUGGAUUUUUGAUUGAAUUUCGUUUCAUUGAUAACGCGAACUGAGGUCUAUCGAGCCAACUUGUAAAAAGUAAACCAACAAAUCUACAAACAUCCAAGAUCGUUAUAAAGUUAAUGGAAUUAAGUCAAAGACAAACCAAAAAAAAUCUUGCAGAAAACUAUUCUCAUGGACAAGGCAGCUAUAUUGUAUAGAUAAGUCACAAUUUUAACAAAGUAAAUGAAUCCAACCUUAGUGAACUUUCAAAACAGCAAAAGCUAUUUCACAUUUAAGGGAUAAGUGACACACUAACAUCAACACGCCAACAACAUCAAACAAUACACAAACCAAGAAAAAGACACCUACAAUACAAUAACAGCCAAUAGCACUUUGUUAUAUCAAUCUUCAAAUAGUAACAUCAAAGCAAGCCGUAUUUUAGUACGGAUGAGCAGCUAUCGUGAAACAUUCCAACUAUACAAACACACACAUACACACUAAUGUCAUCAAAAGGAAGAAUACUAGGCAUAAGCACGAAAAAACGAAUGCAAGGGGCCCAACAAUGCCAACACAAAACACAAGACACCCUUCACACAGAAUCAACACGUCAAAACAUUUACCACACUUGCCAAAAUCCAAUCAACGCGGGCCCCUCAGCAAGCUGAAUACAAGGAGAACUAAUGAAAUGAAUAUAUAUGAUAUAAAAAAAUACAAGAAGUCCGCGAAGAUCUUAUUUUAGUCAAAAUUUUAGUUACUAAUUAAACAAAGGGAGACUAAUUCUGUUCCAACGUGACAGAUCGUUUUUUGUACAUAGGGAAAACACAGCAGAAAAAAAAACUAAAUCGUACUAAGACAAGCUACAUAUACAAACAAACACAAUAAAAGCACCCUCCAGCACCACAGACGCACUCGUGUAAAAAGAUUUUUAAGAAUGCACAUUUACAACUGCACCAUUGAAACACACUCACACACACACACACACCAAAAUGGAAGAAGCAACACAAAAGCUCCUUCACACAGGCUCGUUGACAGAUAAACGAUAAAACGAUAACCGAAACGAGAAAUCUCUAUGUUUUUCAACUUUCAAUUUCGUGCACACACUAAACAAAAAAAAACAACAUCACACACACACACACAAACUCGCGUGUUUUGCUCUUCCGUUCCGAGAUUGUGUUUACUAUUCACCGAACAAGUUCGUGUCUUUCAAAUCAGAGCCUACUAAAAAGCGCGCCCGCGAGGGCAAAGGGGAACGCGCGUAUCGAUAACUCUUAAAUAACUGUUACAAAACAUGCGCGCUAGCGAAACAAAUCGUGAUACACUCGCUACGUGUUAAUAUGGAGGGAGGAUUCGAUGAAGGGGGGCGGGGUCCUAAUUAAAUUGAGUGGUCGGAGAGAGAAAGAGAGAGAGAGAGUGAAUGAGAGAGUAAGAGAGGCUGUUAAGGGGUGAGACACUGUUAAGAUCCGGAUGGAAGCUAAAGGGGUGGAAAGCGAAACGAACGAACGCGGAAAUACAUGUGACUGAAUACUAGAAGAUAUUAGAAUCAAGUGGUUAAUGUUACUAGGGCAUGUGAAAAGAAAAAAAAUGUUAAUUAUUCGUGGAAGUAAACAAUCACACACACAACUUAACACACAAACUCUGUGAGGUAAAGGCAAGCGAACUGUAUAAGGUAAGGGAAAAAUUUGUUUUACAUUGUUUUAGUUUGAUGUUUCCGUGCUGCAAAAGAGGAUUCAAUUGGUGUACAGUAACCAGCUCUUACCAGAUCAAAACAAACAGCUGUCAAAAUGCAUUGUUUCAAGGCUACACUCAUACACACGUACACAGUGUAGUCAGGUAAAUCGUAUUGGUUGUGCAUAGCCGUUCUCGAUUGAUUUCUUGUAAACAUGAAGAAUUGAAAAUCAAACCUAACGAACAGAACAUUCACACAAACAUGCAAACAAUUAAGGAAACAUGUCAAAAGUAUUUAAAUUCAAUUAAAGAACAAGUCAAACAAAUCCAAGCCAACACGUGGAAAAUAUAAAUGUCUAUUUGCACAAUAUAACUUUACCUGGGAAAAAGAAAAUACAAAUUUUACAUCACUUUAAAACCAGAAACCAUUGUUACGAUCACAAAAACACCUCAGAAAACAAUUUCUCUUUAAAACAAGAAAUUAGAUCUCGGAAAACAAUGUCAGUGUGUUAAUUUAUACAUAAGAAGAGACAAGCCAUUGAUCUUGACGUUUUCAAACUCGACUACUUUUUCGUCAGGAGCGUGUUUGCAAACAAAACAGAAACAGAAGUAUAGAAGAUUCCAUUCCAAGAGACACAUAUGUUGUAAGCGUCCAAAGUGCAAGAUUUAUUUGAAUACCCACCUUUAGGUUAAUUUUUAUCCGCUACUUAAAGUUAACAUGAACUGAAAACGGGAUCCAAGAUGGAUCCCGAGAAAAACGAACGGAAAACGACAAAACCAAAACAAUCACGCGCAUCAAACGUCAUCAUUUGACGUUUGUAUUGUGAUUGUCGCAGCACGCGAUUCACCGCGAAUCAACCGCUCUGUGACAGGCGACGCGACAGGCGUAAAUCUGCAAAAUCCAAACCAUGAAUUCGGCGGAAGCAAAACACUCACAUCCAUUUACCUUCACUUACUUUCAGCUGUCAGUUUUCAUUUGAUGGAUUUUAUUUUCGACUCAGCGUACAUAUUUCCACAGACGAACAGACAUAACACUCUGAUAUUUCGCAUCGUACACCGAUUUAACUCUAUUUAAAAAUUUGAUAGUUGGCCAACUGACCACCCGUGGCGUUCGCAACGUUUUUGCUCGAGUUUGACGUUUGCACACUACCGCCACCUAGCUGAUGAUCGGCCAAACAUAGUCCUUUUAGCAUUGGCCGAACAUGUUUCCGUGACUAUGAUUUGAUUCGAAAAAUGUUCGAAAUGUUACGUCUGUUUGUCUGUGAUAUUUCUAUGCUAAGUUUUCUCAUCGUGUAAGAAAUACUGGCCGAUAAGAUUUAUCAAAACAUCUGUCAAAGUGACUCGAAAAGUUUUCACCAUUCCGUUAGACUGGCAGCCGUAUCUUUCAAACAGCGAUGCCCCUUUUUAAAUUGCAACUGUUGCUCGUCCAAUUAUGAAGUUCUAAUCACCAACAAGUAGGCAGCGUCAGUUCGCUGCCACAUGUUAAAGUCGUAACGUGUAAUUUCGAAAGUUUUCCCAUGCGGUAGCUAAUUUUCUCCCGUCAUGCAAAGUGAAAUUGAAAGUUUAUUUAUAGUGUCGGGGCGCCAUUCAUCAGGUUGUCGUAAUCGGUACGAUACGAAUCUCCAGUGUGAUUUUUACACGCUGCAACAAAAACGUCUGACAAAAGAAGGUCAUGAAACUGACGAUUCCAUCGUCAGAUGCUUGUUAUUAUUACAGUGAUGCCAGAUAUUCAAAGCUUGGAUAAGGUCCACAGAAUGGCUAUGUUAUUGUCAUCACUAUGGAUGUUUUCAUCACUUUUCACCACAGAUCCACUUUCCAAGAAGUCAGCCAACACUGACCCUCGAAAUGUUUCCAGCAAGUUUCAAGUUUUUCAUCCGAAGAAGCAAACGAAUCCAACCAACAAUAACAACCUCCAACGAAAAUGGGGCCACUCGCAGCUUCAUCGCAGCAACCGGGUCGGCAAAUGCUAGUGACGUCAAAGGUUGAAGAGGUUAGGCCGUCCAGUAGAAUAACUAGCCACAGAAGUCCAAUGUCGCAACUGUUCGUGUGACUAACAUCUAGUUUGCCUCGCCCUUACAGCGUCAGCAGCGGUACUAGAAGUGUCAAGUUAAUUUUGUUUACCAUAACAAAAGGUCCUCUACAAGAUGGACACUUUAAAAUAGUAAAUUAUUGCAAUUAAAGUUAUUAAAAUAAUUAAAUAGGAAAACUGACUACAGUGCCAUUGAAGUUCUAGUGUAUUUCUAUUGGCCGUCCACAUGGCUUGCUUCGUCGUUUGUUCUUGUCUCUUGGUUUGACCUUGCCAUGCCGGCUUGCAACUACAACAGCCAACGUCGUCGUGAAGGAAUCCGUCGAGAUUUUCUUUUCUCUUGUUGACGUGCUCCGGUGUCCCCGCAGGUCAGGGGUGGUUUUAUGACGACGACGAUGAAGAUGCCUUGGCGACUCUGUCGGUACGCGGUGUAUAGGACAGAGGCCUUUUUGUUUGAUGUGUGCCACUCGGUGUGAUUUGUUGCUGAUCAAGGACACUGCUUUUCAAUUUUUAUAACUCAAUUUGUGAGAAGCUCUCUACGAGAUUUAGAUAGAAAAUCAAUUUGGAUGCGUGAAAUAAAUUUUGAGCGAGAUUGUAAUUGAUUUCUAUAAAGAUUGUGGUGAAAACCAAUUGACGAUUUAUUGAAUUGACAUUCACUCACAGCAACUGACAGCAUGAUUUCUAGCAGAAAUCCGUGGCAGUUACCAAUCGUUCAGUGAAAUGUAAAAAUAUUGCACGGUACCUAUUGAAUUUGUACUGUAUUUUAAAUGUUUUUUUUUUAUUUUAGCCCGCUUCAGGUGAAUGUCAUUUGCGCACUCUUUCAAAACAACGCAUUUUCUCAAACUCCAGAGACGCAUUGGUCUGAAAAUGCUACUUUGCACUUCAACAACCGUGUCCUUGACCUAAUUUUUCAGGUCUAUUGUUCACUGCGGUACUACCUGAGCUAUUACAAAUGACAUCUGAUCUUGCACUUUGACAGAACCCAAAUGUAAAUAUUCUACUCUACUAUGGUCCAGUGCACGAAUUUAUACUGGCCUGCUUACUCUCACAGAAAAUUUGACGUUUGAGCGGUGCCGACACCUCUCAAACGUCAAAUUUCGUGUGAGAGUAAGCAGGUCAGUAUAAAUUCGUGCAGUAAUCCUAAUCCAUACCAAACUGGUUACUUUUGUGCUACAUUUACUUUUCUGCUCUAUUCGUAGAGUCAUGAGCACGAGGAUGUUGAUGUGUGGCUUUUGUUCAUUUUACAAUCCAUUAUUUGAGGAUCCAUUACAUACCGCUGUUCACUGCUCUCCAAGAGUCCGUUAGAGGCAUAGGCUCUAUACACGUUAACCUGAAACUACCCAUCGAUUGGGUCGAUUCUACCCGGAUUUUCAUGUUGUUAGCAGUUGUCAAAAUUCGGGUAACCCAAAAAUCCAGAUAUGUUGAAUCUGGGUAAAGAUCUGGAUAAUCCGGCACUUUGUCACUUUCCGGCUUGACAAUAUGGCAGCGGUCAGGAGAACGCUGGAAAUUAUGUAUGUUUUCGCGGAAAAUAUGCUCAUAAAUGCUGUUAAAACAGUAAAAUUAUUCCGGGAAACUGUUUCCCUACAUCGGGUAAGUGAACAAGCUAUUGAAAUAGGGAGUUUUUCGUUUUAAAUAUAAAUUGGAAAUAAAUUAACAAAACCAAGGCCCAGGAGGAGCUGGGUAACGUUUACCCAGAUUUUGCCACCACAACACUGGUAACCCAGAUUUGAGUAAAGGGGUCUUUAAUCAGAUUAGAGUAACUACAGUUUUGCUCAAUUUGGGUCGCUUUGACACCAAUCUGGGUAACUGGGGGUUAGCGUGUAUGUCAAUUGUUCUCGGGGGGGAAAUUCACUGACAUAAAAAUGGAAGUACCGAGGGCUGGGAGUUAAACCCACAACCAUGCACUUGUGAAGCUUGAAAUUGCUCAAUGAUCAGGUAUUUCUUAAGAAUAUAACCAUAUUGAUUUUCUACAGAAUAAAGCAUUAAUCCUUCAGGAAGCGCGCCAUUGUAAAAAGUACAACACCACCAAAAAACCUCGCUCGUCGUAUACAGCGUGAGCGCGGUGAGCUUUGGGAUCAAGCAGGUGCGCGUUCUGAAACGUUAAGAGAAAUAAAUAUAUCUCGAAAUCUAAGAAGGAUUUUUCCGAAAAUCUGAUAAGGAUGCUCCCUGAAAGGAAUUAUGAAUGGACUUUCCCAGCAUCCUGAGAAGGGAAUAAUCUUCCCAUAAUCUUGUCAGGGAUAUUCAUGAUUACUAAGAGGGACUCUCCCAGAAUCCUGAAAGGGAUUUUUGGGAGCAACAGCUCCAGAAUACAGAAACAAGAAUUCUACUGGGAUUCUCGUAGAAUGCUGAGAAGGAUUUCUUCCGAACCUAUUCCUAGUUUCUCUUGAGAAUUCUGCUUAGAAUCUCGUGAGAGAUUCAUCAAUAAUCAAUAAUUCUGAAAGAAAAUGUCCUAGAAUCUUGAAAAAUAUAGCCCCAGAAUCCCAAGGAUUUCUCUAGAAUCAUGAGACAAAUUCCCCAGAAUCUUGAGAGAAAUUUCCCCAGAAUCCUGACAGGGAUUAUCCCAAAAAGCCGAAUUUUCAGAGAAUCUUGGAAAGAAUACCCGCAGAUUUCUUUGUGAUAAUCCCCCAGAAUCUUAAAAGGAUCUAACGCAGAAUCCUGAGAAGAAUACCACUACAAUCUUGUGUGGGAUUCCCCCAGAAUCCUAAGAAAUAUUACCCCAGAGUUCUGAGAGGAAUUUCGCCAAAAUUCUGAGAAUGCUUCUCCAAAAAGUCUGAGAGGAGUUCCCAAGAAGGCUGAGAGAGAUUUCCUCAGAAUUCUGAGUGGGAUCCUAAGUGAGGGUCUUCCAGAAUCUUUAGAGGAUCAAUCAACCCUGAUCAUCCAGAAAUUUCUUAGAAUCCUGAAAGGGAUUUCACCCUGGGUAGCGAACCCUGGUAGGAAAUACCCCAAAAUCCUGAAAUGAAUACUCUUAGAAUCCAAAGAUUCCCUAGAAUUCUGAUAGGUAUUCCCUUAAAACACUGCUGAGAAAAAUUCCUCCAAAAUUUUUAAAGGUACUCUUCCUCAACUCUGAGGAUUCCUCUUACAUUAUGUGAGAGAUUUCUUCAAAAUGCUGAAAAUUAUCACACCAGCAUCCUGGGAGACCUUAUCCCAGAAAGAGAGAAAGGCUCUUCCAAUGGGAAUUCUUCCUGAAUUCUAUUGAGGAUUUCCCUAGAAUCCUGGGGCAGAUUACUCCUGUUUUCUGACAUGGAUUCUCUCAGAAUGUUUAGAGGAAUUCUUCCAGUAUCCUUAGGGAUUUCUUCAGAUUCCCAAAAUGAGCUCCCCCCUGAAUCCUAUGACGGAUUGCCUCAGAAUCCUGAGAGAAGUUUUUCCUCGGGAUUCUCCCAGGAUGCUUAGACGGAUAUCCCCAGAACUCCCUGGCGGAUCCUUCCAGAAUCCUGAGAGGGAUUCUCCUAGAAUCCUGAGAGAAAUUCUCCUGCAGUAAUGAAAGACAUCCCAUUAGAAUCCUGGAAGAGAUUGCCCGAGAACCCUGAGAGAGAUCAUCCACAUUAUUAAGAGAAGUUCAUCUAGAAUCCUGAGAGGGAUUCUAAAAAAAAUGUUCGGAAUCCAGAUAUGGGCUGACCUAAAAUCCUGAGAAGGAUGCGCUUGAACCCUGAAAGGGAAUCUCUAGACCGUAAGAAGGAUUCCUCCAGAAUCCCGAGAAAGAUUCACUUAGACUCCUGGGAGAGAUUGUCCAAGAAACCUGAGAUAUACAGAUAUGCCUCGAUUUAGUGAACCCUAGAUUAUGUAGACCCUCGAUUUUAUGUACAAAUUUUUGAUGGUUAAAUUCUACAGUGCAUUCUGAAAAAUUGUUUAUAUUUUUGAAUCGAAAGAAAAAUCGAAUGUAAAAAAUCGAUCCGGUCAAUUUCGUGGGGCUUGAACAUCGAUUCAAUAAAUCGAUUAAUCUGAACAAAAACAUCGAUAUUGCGAACAUCGAUUUAAAAUUGCCCAACGCUACAACACACGCUCUGCGCUGAUGGAUGCUUCACGUCAACAACGGCCGCAUGAACAGGGGACUGUUAUGGUCUUCUUGAUUUCUUACCCCACAUUACAACUAUGCUGCUGUGUUGAGAGAUAGGUUGUCAGCUUGAGCCGUACGCUUGAGCCGCAGUUAUGUUGGCUACGAAAACAUUGCAUUGGUGGAAUAGGGAUGUCACUUCCUUGCGCAUGAAUGCGGCUGGCCUAUAGAUAGUAGAGUAAACAUAGAUCCGUGUUGAUGAAUCCGUUGUAUCCAAACGAACUGUCAAAAUCUGUAUCCAAACGAGCAUGACGUCACGAUUUGGACAACAUCAAUGGAGCGCAUGACGUCAUAUUCAACCGUCGCACUCUUGAAAAUUACUACUUACACGCUUGAAACAUUUUAGUCAGCGGUGUCCGCGGAUCUAUGUUUACUCUACUAUCUAUAGGCUGGCCCAUAAGCAAGCGUGGUGAAUUUUCUCUUUUGAGUACCAAUGACAGGGAAAAUGUUGUUUUUGAAUCUCGCCGUCGCCACGAUGUGAGCGAUGAGAGAAUUUUUAUUCUCUUCUUACUUGCCUCCGCGAAGGAAAGAGGCUUCAACGUCAGAAGCGAUGUGGUGGAAAGACAAAAACCAAAACUCACGUUCGUUGCAUGCUUCGUAUUUUUUGCAACCCUGGCGUCUAGUGUAAGUAACGUCGGCAAUGAGAGGCAUGACUCUAUAUGAGGGGGUUAGAAGCUAAGGGGUGUAAGUGACAAAAACCCACUUUUGAGUAAAUGAUGUUUAAAGUUUUUGAGUUAAAUCCCAUACAAAAUGUAUGGAGUUUCAAAAUCAACCCAAUUUUCUCUGAUUUAUUGUAAUUUUUCUAAUCAUCGUAGAAACAAUCCUAAAAAAGUUCCUGAAAGCUUGAAAUCUGAAGAAUUUUAUGAUAUGCUUAGCUAAAAAUCUACAAAAUGGUCACUUACACCCCUUUGAUUCUGGGCCCCUCAUAUGUGAAAUUGUUUGAGUUUUAGGUAGUAUUUAGAUUUUUUAGGCGAUUUUUGGGAGUUUUUUUUUAAAUAUUUUUUUCAAUUUCUUCACACAUCAAUUUGGAGGCGAUUUAUUCCAAUUUAAAAAUGACGUUCAAGCUAUUUCAAGAUAUUUCUUCAAAAAAAUAUGAAAAUUUACAAAACAUGAUUCAUGGUAAUAGAUUUUACCGGGAAUAAAAAAAAACUGAAGAAAUUUAACGAAAAUUUAAAAAAUGAUCAGGAAUUCGAAAAACUUAUUAACAACAAAGCUCUGAGAUCAAUUUAAUCUCAGAAUUAAAGCUGCAUUUCCACAGUUCUAUUUCUUAUUGAAUCUUAGUUGCCGUUUGACCUAAUGUCGUUUGGCUGAACGCCAUCUAGCCCAGUGGUUUUCAACCUUUUCCAGUCCGUACACGCCUUUUGCAUUUUUCCCGAACUUAAAAUUCUCCUUCAUCGUACGGUUUCAAAACAACAAACUGUAGCAUAACAGUUGCAGAUAAAUUUUUAUAUAAAAACGAUCUUACUUUUAGUCAUCGACAAGAAAAUCCCAAUUUCUACAGAUAUGUGGUCACGAAUGGACUUGUUCCGAGGAGUAUUUCUUUUUUCGUCAAAAGCAUUUGAUGAUUAGUGUCUAUGUUGCAACAAAGUUUUGAAUUUAAAAUGCUGGAUUUAAUAAAAUCAACAACUUUAAUCAUUUGACCCAAAGCGAUGUUCAAAAAUGCCGGUAGCGUCUUGGAAGCUCGAGCUUGACUAUGAAUACACUGACAAAUGUCAGUGUUGAAAAUUGUUUCUUUGGUGUUUAGAUAAAAACAUAAGAGAAUAUUCUGGUGGAUCAUCCAUCCACUAAAUGUGUAUGAAAACCGAUUCCAAAAAUAUUGCUCCGUUACCAAAAGAAUGCUCAAUUCUUGAAAGAAGAAAAAAGGAUUCCAAGGAAAAUUAUAUCUAGUAUAAUUCGUAGAGCAAAUAAUAUUUAAAAAGAAAAAAUGUUUGAAUUUCUAGAGUAUUUUAGAUGAUAUUCAUAUAAUGAUUUCCAAUGAAGUUCUUGCAAGAAAAUGUUUUGUUUCUUAUCAUUGUAACAAUCUUCUUGUCAUAGAAUUCCUUGAUGAAUUUUCGUGAGGAUCCAUGAUAUCCCAGACUUUUAGCUAGUUCUUUUCUGAAAUAUCAAAGUGUUUCUAAAUUCUUGAAGUAAUUCCACUAGAAAUCACUGGUGGAAACUCGGCAGGAAUUGCAAUUCGAAUUUAUUUCUGGGAUCUCCGGAGGGACGUAAAACAUGAAGUAUGUGGAGCGGAACUGGUGUGAUGUUUAGAACACUUGACCAUCACGCCGAGGACCUGGGAUCGAAUCCCACUCCCGACAAACUCGCAAAAUGCGAGUUCUUCCUUCGGUAGUAAAGCGUGGGUCCCGAGUUGAACUAGCCUAGGGCUAAAAAUCUCGUUAAAACAGAUAAAAAAAACAUGAAGUAUUUGAAGACAAAGUGCGUUUAAUUAACAAAUUAAGAGAUUAAUUUGUGAAAAAAAAACACUUGUUUUGGCGGGAUUCGAACCCACGAGUCCGUUAUCGCUAGCCCGGCGCUUUAACCAACUUAGCCACAGAACAAGUUACGAUUCUACGGAAUGGAAAGUCAAACUGCAUUCGAAGCACCACCCUAAUCGGGUCCGUCUUUCACAACCUUAGACCUCCUUCGGCUCUUAGAUGACAAUCUCCCGCACUCUCGCGGCUUACGAACAACAAGUGUGAGCGUGUUGGUUUUAAAAGAUUGAUAUUAAAGCUCGACUGACACAUACUUCGUCACCGACCAUCUGAUCGGUGUAUGCACGGUAUGUGUUGAGCGCUCAACACGGUCGAAGGAAUUAUUUAUGGAAUCUACCUCGAUAUGAAUUAAUCAAACCCUAUGAAUAAUGCUAUAAUGUGGAAUCUCUAAAAAGAUGUUUACAACUAGCCUAUUUUUUUUUUUUGGAGUAUACAUGUGGAAAUAUGAACCAAUUCAAAGCAUUUGUGGUGACGGAUAGGCGACCCGGGCCCAAAACCAACUUAUAAUUCACAAAAAUAUUGUCUUAUUUGUACAAUUACUUUUACCCAUAAACAUUUGAUAUCAAAUUUGGAACAAACAAGUAAGGAGUUACUGAAGAGAAUGUUUUGAAAAUAUAUAUUUUAGGAUUCUAUAAAAAAACAAUGGGUAGGACAAUAUAUUGACUGUCCUGUCAAACUAUGUUUGUGCGUAGAAUAUAUCCUACCUGUUCUACUCACUCAUCGCGCCUCUAGGCCAUCGUUUCGUAGACUUGGCUAUCGCUUUUCUUAGAACAAACGAAGCGUGCCUGCAAGCAGGGUCGCGAAACGAAAUUUGGGAAACAAUGCUCUAGGUUAUACAGUUUCUUACCGAUUUUGGCAACACCCGUUUUUGUCUACUCCCGAUUUUGGCAACACCCGUUUUUGGCAACAUUUCCUACCCGAUUUUGGCAACACCCGUUUUUGGCAACAAUUUCUUACCGAUUUUGGUAACACCCGAUUUUGGCAACAAUUUUUUACCGAUUUUGGCAACAAAAAAUUUUGACCAAAAAUUUUUACCGCAAAAUCGUUUGUAUUUGUAAAUGUAGUGUUAUUUUAGCCUUACUUUUCUUUAAAAAAUCAAAAUUCAUUCAAUUUUCCAAAAUCGACAAUUUUACCAAUCAUGACGUAAUUUAUGAACGUCACCUACAGGGAUCGUUUUAUAGCUUGUGAAUAGUCCAUAUUUAUAAUAUAAGCCAAAUUGACGCAUAAAAGUUGAAAAUAAUCCACAAAAAUUUUUUACCGAUUUUGGCAACACCCCAAUUUGGCAACAUAAAAUUCACAUCGUGUUGCCAAAAUCGGUAAGAAACUGUAGUCAUAUUUGAAGAUUUCAUCAUUCAUCUGUCAUCAGAAGAGAAAAUUAAUUCCGAUUGCAUUUCAAAUUUGUAUAAAUUCUCCGGAGGAACAAAUCUGAUAAUUACAGCAAUGAAAACUAUGCAAAGUUUGUCCUGCCCACUUGUAUAAAACAAGUAGAAAAUCAGAUGCGCUGGUUACCGAAUCUUGGAGGUUAGUGCUCUUAAAAACGAGAAUUGGAGCAUAAGCAGGUAUUAUUUGGAUUUAUAUAUACUUUUUCUCAGAGUUUGUUAGCUAUGAUUAACAUCUUAUUGGCUAGUUCUUUCUUUUUGUUGUUUAUUGUUUAUCUGAUAUAUUCCAUCAAUCUUUUAUCUGUUUGGUUUUUCGCCUGUGUAUCAACACCAUACUGCAGGAAAAUUUUACGGAACAUCAUAAAAACAUGUAUUCUUUUGAAGCCCAACGAGUGCAUAAAUCCACUUUGACCAUCUGAUAUCUAAUAUGAGGAAGCUCCGAACCAGUCCCUACUUUACCAAAACCCCUCCUGCGAAAGACGCACAUCGAAUGAGCCCCAAUUCGCUUCAAAAGACUCACGGAAUGUGACGAAUACAAAAACAUAACUACUUCGUAGUGCGAGAGCCCAUUUAAUUAAGUACUUAAAUUGCAAAAAAAAACUAUUCCUAAUAAGAGAAUAAAAAUGCAUAAAACAAAAUAUAACGAAAUCCCCAAAACAUACAAGUAUAUUUAAAGAAAAAAAAACAAAGAAAAGACUGACUUAGUGCGACCGAAACAAAAAGUAAAAAAAAUGCUAAUAAUAACACAAAGUUAAAAAACACUUAAAAAUCGUAGCUAGCAAGUGAAUAAAAAUUAACCUAUCGGUCAAUGGGUAUUUGAAUGAAUUUAGCACAACCGGUAGCCAACGAACGGACACUUGUGCAACAGGCAUCAGGGCAGAAAACAGACAGGCAGGUGAAUAGUGAGCAGAAUCACCCGAAAAAAAAAAACCAAAGCAACAGAAGCAAAUCGUCCCACAACACUUCACUUAGCAAUAAAUUUCAAACUUAUCAGCAACUCUACUGUUAACACCAGCAAAGAAACAAGCGGUCCGACCGUGUCCGGUUGAACCGACGUUACCAAGCUACAAAAAAAAAGUGAAAUUAAACCGGAAAUCAAUUUCGAUCUCAUAUCGUGUAUAUUCGUUGUGUUUUUCUGUUUUCGAAGUGUGGGUUCAGCAGGCGGACCACGGUGCAACAAGGUUCAACUAUUGAAAGCGUUAUUUUAUAAGUGGAAUUUAGCUCUCUCUCUCUCUGUCUUGAUGAACGGGGGUUACGUGGUGAUUGGUGGUGAAAUGUGACGCGCGUCGGCAACUGUCAGUUUGACAGAUACCCGACAAGGCACGGGAUAAAUUACUCAAAACAAAGAAGCAAAACCUUCAAAACGAAUGGGCUCUCGUACUACGGAAAGGUUGUAGUUGAUAUACCCGAACGUGACACCCAGCAACCUGAUGCAAAACUGAUAGCAAAACGCAUUCACAAAAAAAUAAAAAAUCAACUUCUUGACAGAAGGAUUGUACAGUGAAAGAAGCCACAGAGAGAGAAAUAAUAGGAGAAGAGAAAACGAAAGUCAGUGAGAAGGAAGUGGAAGCACAGACAGUCGAAACAACUAAACAACACAACUUGUUAAUAUCGCCGUCGAAUGGAAAUAUUUGUUAUUUAAAACAGAACAAAGAAGAACUAUUUAAAAACAACAAAACUGCUGCAAACAAGACAAGCAAAACAUAAACACAAGAUUAUUGCAGCCAACUGAGAAAAGCAGAAUAAGAAGAAGAGAGAAUGAGCAAAGACGCAAGAUGGGCAAGCUGGAAAUAUAUAAACUAAUUUAGAUAUAAUAAAUAUAUUAAUAAAAUAAGAAAAUUA